ACAUGAGCGGGUUGGUCAUGGCUCUGACGGAUGACCAGUGCGACAGUGGUAGGCAUCAGUAAAACAUUUGGCAAGCAUGAAAUCUUCCAUACAAAAAAUAGCACAAUCGUCACUUAUUGGAUCCAAAAUUUUAACAAGUAAAGAGCAUUCCUAAUACUAUUACAAAAAGAAAACAAAUACACAAUUCAGAAAUUUCCAAAUCAGCCAUAUUACGUGAUAACUGAAAAAAAAAAUACUUUCACAUCACUUUGGCUCAUCUAUAGAUCAAUUAAACCACAGGAAACUGAUUGAUUCAAAUGUGUCCGUAAUUGAUUGCGUUUUCAACAGCCCUUGGUACUAAUAUUGCAGAUCCUGAUGUCUUGGCCAACGAUGGUUGGUACACCGGCUACUUCACGCAGUUCACGGGCAAAGGAAGGUACGCCGUCAGGGCUUAUGUUUACGGGGACAACAAGACCAGCCAUGCGUACCGUACGCCGGGAUUCCCUCCUGACAUCUCCAUUUCCAAGGCGGGGGUAGCGCUUCCUCCGAAUGGACCAACCCUACAUGCGCCAGGCAGCUACACAUUCGUGGAUACCCUCCUAGGAAACAAGACGCCGACGGUCCCAUUCGAAAGAGUCGCCUACUGCGGCUACCUUAACGUCAGAAGGGACAUGCGGCAGACUGAUGUUCCUCCAGGUAGACUCACAGACCUAGAUUUUUUCGACGGUUACGUCGAGAGCGACAGAACAGCCGUCAUCAUAAUUACUUGGACUUGGCCUGGCGCACACAUGACACACGGAAAGGCGGCGGAAGUGGAGAUCCGAGGCAGCACGAAUAAAACCAACCUUCAAAGGGACUUCGACAGCCAGGUGCUUCUGUCCAAUGUCGUUGAAGGCAACCUUGACCCCCUCCCCGCCGGUUCGAAGCACAACGUAUCGAUCGCACUUCCUCGCGAGUGGGAAACGUCGAAACCAGGCGACAGGGACUUCACGCUGGAGGGGUACCUAGCGGCGCGUGUUAUCAACGCCGAUGGACUCAAGGGGAAGCUGUCGAGGAUCCGUGAAAUGUCGUUCCUAGUCGUAAACUUUACCGCCGAAUCACUCACGACAGGAGCGUCCAUCACCACGCGGGCAAUGCGGCAGACUAAGCCUGGACCAGCAAGAACCACGAGAGCGCCGGAAAACCCUUACACCAAGCCAAUCCAGGCAACAACCUCAACACCCCCGACCAAAGGCGAACCAGCUCGUGAUCCGUCGGAAACAACCACACCAGAGGCGGGGCAUGGGAGAAAGAAUGACCAUCCAUCCAUCAUAAUUUGGAUUCUGCUGGCGCUAGUUGCCGGAGUCGUCGUGGCAGCCAUCACAAUUAUGCUGCUGCUCAGGGCGCAGUCCAGCCCCAUUGCCGAAAAUCAGGCUACCGCCACGAGCACGGCAACAAUGACAACGAUGUGAAGCCACGUGGUAUAAAGCGUUUCGGGCUCCAGCAAUGCGUGGCAUUAUUUGAACUUCUGGCUAGCAGGUGCAUGUUUCUUUCUUUUAAAAUUCACCUAACUACUCCUUUAUUUACAUGAGCCAUUUGAUUAUUUCCUUUCACAAAAGUUAUCAAAUCUAUAGCAAAUCUAAAGCAAACAUACAGUGGCAUUUCUUGUGCUGCUCUUCUCUACAAACCAUCAGAACAAAUA